CACACCAUCACAAACAUAGAAGAGAAACAAGCUUUCACACACAUACCUUCCUUCUAAGUCUUCCCAAAGCAAAGCAUCCUCUCUCUCUUCACACUCACCCAAUCUCUCUCUCUCUCUCUCCUUCAAUUUUCUCCUCUCAAUUCACAACCCAAGUAUUUGAUUCUCUGUAACAACACUCUAUGUUUUCAUAAUGCCAGUAGAAAUGGAAGGAACAACAAAACCUCCACAAAUUUCUGAUAUGUUUCACAAAUUCGCUCAUGUUGUCCGUACCAAAACCUUCGAACUCUUCGCCGAUGAAACCGACGACGAAAACACCUCCAACUCCACUGAUGUCUUCACUCUCUUCAGUUCCGCUGAGGAAUUUAUCCCUAAUCAAAAAGUUGUUGUUAUAAAACCCGAUUUCUGUAAAUUCCCAGAAAAUGAAAAUACCCAUUUUACUAAAUCCCUAAUUUCUUCACUUUUUGCUACAAUUUCGUCAUUUGAAGCUUCUUAUCUUCAGUUGCAAACAGCUCACGUGCCGUUCGACGAAAAAGCUAUCGAGUCGGCUGAUAAAGUUUUGGUAUCAGUUCUUCAGAAAUUGACUGAAAUGAAGAAUUUGUAUAGGGAUUUUAGGAAAAACCCAAGUUCUAAUUUUGAUGAUCUUGUAGGGUCAGAAUUGGAAUUUCAGGUUCAAGAGAAUCAGAGCAAGCUCAGAGUUUUGGAGACUAUGGUAAAUCAGUUAAUGUCUUUUAUGGAUUCUAAAGAUGAUGAAGUUUUGAUUUUGAGGAAAAAACUGGAAAAAUUGGAACUUUUUAAUUCCAAUUUGUCAAAAAAAUUAGGGGUUAAAAAUAAAAAUUUGGAGAAUACCAGUGUGGAGGUAUUGUGUACAGUUACUGUAUUUGAAUCUAUGUUACGCGAUUCAAUUAAGUUAGUGAAUAAAUUUUGUAAGUUGUUAAUGGAGUUAAUGAAAAGAGCAGGUUGGGAUUUGGAGAAAGCAGCAAAUUCUGUGUAUUCUGAUGUUAAUUAUGCUGAAAAAGGACACUUUAAAUAUGCAUUUAGUUCAUAUAUUUGUUUGGGCAUGUUUAAGGGCUUUGAUCUUGAAGAUUUUGGUUUAUCUGAUGAAGAAAUGUUGUGUAAUGAGGAUGGUUUAAUGUCUGGUGAAAAUGAUUGUUUGAAACAAUUACUUGAGCAUGUUUCGUGUAAUCCGAUGGAGGUUUUGAGUAAGAAUCCUAAUUCUGCGUUUUCAAGAUUUUGUGAGAAGAAGUACGAGCAGAUUAUUCAUCCUACAAUAGAAUCGUCGAUUUUUAGAAAUUUGGAUGGGAAAGAAGUCAUAGUGGAUUCGUGGAAGUCCUUAAGUGUGUUUUACGAGUUGUUUGUGAGGAUGGCAAGUGCGAUAUGGUUGCUUCAUAAGUUGGCGUUUUCGUUUAAUCCUGUAGUCGAGAUAUUCCAAGUCGAGAGAGGGGUUGACUUUUCGAUGGUGUACAUGGAUGAUGUUUCAAGGAAAAGUCGAUUCCCUUUGAGCAAGACGAGGCCAAAGGUGGGAUUUACCGUGGUACCUGGAUUUAAAAUUGGGAGGACAAUUAUUCAGACACAGGUUUAUUUAACUGGCUUAAAAUGCACGGAAUAGUGUGAACAAAGAGAUCUGUACAGUGGUUUGCGAGUUUCUUUGCUUUGUUGUGCUUUAGUUCAUCUAACUUACACCAAAAGAUUCAGAGUGCUCCAUUUGACAGCUAACUCCCUUUGGUAAUGACUUCAAAGAAUUCUUGUCAAAGUGAUAGAUGCUGCCGUUGCCAAGGGAUAAGCCAUCUUGUCUCGUCGGCGGCCUUGCUGGCCAGGGCUGGUAUGGAUGUUCUUUGUUAUUAUCGCUAUUAUUGAGCAUGCUUGUGUAAUUCAAUGGAGCAUUUGAGUAGGAAUUCAAGCUUUGUGCUAUUCCAAGUAUUACGAGGAUUCAUCAUGUCAUGAAUUGACAAGUUUUACACUGGCUGCCAGCCUACCGCAACCCUCCUCUUUUAUCCAGGCGUGGGACCGGCAAUGGGAGCAAACCCACUGGAGGAGUUUGUGUGCUAUUCCAGGUACGAGCGAAAAUUCAUCAUACAAUAGAAUCUUCUAAUUUCAGCCAUCUGGAUGAGAAAGAAGUCAAACUGGAUUCAAGGAAGUCGCUCAGUGUGUUCUAUGAGUUGUUAAGGAUGGCACAUUGGCAUGUAUAAAUAGUUGCUUCAUAAGUUGGCAUGUUCCUUUAAUCCUGUAGUUGAGAAUUUCAAGUUGAGAGAGGGUUGGACUUUUGGAUUGUUUACAUGGAAGAUGUUACAAGGAAAAGUCAAUUCCCUUUUGAGCAAGAGCGGCCAAAGGUGGAAAUUAAUAUUAUACCUGUGCUUUUGUAGUUGGGAGGAGAAUCAUUCAGCUUCAGGUUUAUAUAACUGGCUUUAUAGUGUUGUAAACUAAGAGAAUACAGUGGUGUGCAAGAUCUUUGCUUGAUUCCUCCCACUCCUUUUGGUACCAUAGGAAGGUCAAGUGAUUUGGCAAGACAUGACACAUCUUCAGCUUACCGAAUCUGACCUUUGAUAGGAGGGUGUGGAGGUCGAGGAUUAGGGUAGUUGAUUAGUAAGUAAUCGAGUGUAUUUUGUUUUUAUACCUGUAUUGCAUUUCCUCACAUAAUGUACUAGUGUAGUCUAGUAUUUCUUAUUCUUAGAAAAUUAUUACAAUUUGUUGUUUCUUUUGUUUUGGU